UUUGGUUUUCAAGAAAAAAAAAAUUCUUCAAGUUUUUCGAGGAAAAAGUCGAAAAAUAAUAAAAUUACGACAAAAUGAGUGAUAAUACUCCCGUUGAAAGUCUCGCAACAGACGCUCCAGCGAAGAAACAAACGAUGACGGAUGAAGAACGUUUGGAAUUGGCAGCGAAAUUGGAUCGCGAGCUUGAUGAAUUCAUUGCGGGACUCGAAAAACGCCGAUAUACCGAUGGAUGGCCCGAAGACAAAUGGCAAGAAGAGAUGGAUAAACAUCCGUUUUUCAUGAAAAAGGCUCCGGAGCCGGGAGAUGAGCUUCAUCCGUUGUACGAGGGCAUGCAAAAGCUGAAAUAUGAUCCGGAAGAGAACACGGCGGAAGAGUUGGCUCAAAGUUACAAGGAAGACGGCACGUUUUAUAUGAAACACAAAAAAUUUCGCAUGGCAAUUUACGGAUAUUCGGAAGGCUUGAAGCAAAAGUGCAAUAAUGACUUGUUGAAUGCUCAACUUUACAACAAUCGAAGUGCUGCGAAUUAUUUUUUGAGGAAUUAUCGUUCCUCCCUCAACGACGCCAUCAAAGCCCUCGAACUCAAGCCAGAUUACAUCAAAGCCAAACUCCGUGCUGCCCAAUGCUGUUUAGAGCUUGAACGCUAUGACGAGUGCAUCCGCUACUGCGAAGAACUUCUCGUCCUUGAUCCAAUAAAUGGCACUGUAACUGAUAUCGUCGUCGAAGCAUCCAACCGCAAACUCCUUAAAAACCGAAAUUCUCGACGACGUCAAGCUUUGGAGAAGAAAAAAGACGACAAACUCAAAGCUCUUCUCACGGAACUCUCAAAACGUUCAAUUACCUUCUGUGAAGCAAACUCCGUCGACGAUUUAGAAGAAAAAGAUUUAAUUCCCCUUUUACCCCCGUUGGAAGAUCACAUGGUUUCCAUAAGCGAAGAAGAUGGAUCUCUCGAAUGGCCCUUGGCUUUUUGCUAUCCGGAAUACGAAAUUAUGGAUUUCCAACAAAAAGUGUCAGAAAAUGCGACGAUAUUCGAUUGUUUAGUUGCUUUAUUUGAAGAUUUCAAGUUGGGACAUCCAGGGCAGUACAAAGCUGACACAGUGAAUGUUUAUCACGACAACAAAAAAUUCGGAGGAACACACAAAUUGGAUGUCGAUAAGACAAUAAAGGACAUUUUGAAUGAGAAAAAUUUCGCAGUUCAACAGGGAACGCUCGUUUUUUACGUUUUAGUCAAAGAUUCCGACGAAGAAAGGGAAUUUUUGAAGUUAGAAAGGAAACCUUUUGAGAAAUACGCUCCUGUGUUUUGAUUCAACAAUCCAUUCAUUCAAUUUGAUUCGAUAUAAAAAUAACUUAUUACUAACUUUGCACUGUAAUAAAUUUAUGCUACAUUUUUUUUUUGGUAUAUAAUACUAAAUUCUUUUUUUUUAAGAUUGACACAAUUAUCGAAAUUGUUUUAAAUUUUUUUUCUAUU